AGUGUUUUCAAACGACAUGUUACAACACGUUUAAAUUAAACAAGGUGAAGUAAACCGAUAUCUUUAGUUGGAAAGUGAAAUUGAAGCUAGUUUUGUGUAUCACAUCUUUUCCGUUCAGGUAUUCCCCAAACAUUACCGCUUCAUGACGUGCAAAAAAACCUAAAAUUCCCCGAGUAAGUUCCUGUUCUCUGCGUCGUUCCGCUAACAACUAAUUCCAGUCAUCACCGACCUUUCCUCUACCCCGCCUCGUCGCCACAAACACGCCCACAAAAACACGAAUUCCCCGCCCCGCCCCGACUGAACUCGCUUCCAACCCCGCCCAUAUUAUCAAAGCCGCACCCACUGGGACUCCCCACUCUCCCCAUACGUCACCGGUACACUUUGAAAGUGUGCCGUAGCCGCAGAAUAAAGAAGACGGACAGAAAGAUGCAAGCAGCGGACGCAACUUGGAGUUUUUUUCCCCCAAUUUCGCCAGUGUAUAUGUAACACAGCUUCUGGUUUGUUUCAAUUUUCUUUAGUUUAUGUACUUAUUGCCUUUGUCUGGUGAAGGGGAGCACAUAGUAAAGCGUUUUUCUUAAUUUUUUUACAGUGUUGUGAUUGAGCUAACCUCAAAGUACAUAUUUUUGUAUGUUUUAAAGCGUAUAUGGUUGAAAUUAAGGUUCGGACACACGUUUAAUCCCAGACCUCCGACUGUGAAUAAAAUCUCUGACCGGGUAAAGCAGCCUUUGGAUCGACUUGAGCAGUUCUGAUUGACCGGUGAAUCCCUUCAUCGACACCAGCGACUGGAUAACUGAAAAACAGUUACUAUAUAUAUAAAUAUAUAAAGAAUAAUGGGGCUGCUCUUUACCAAAUUGAUGACCAUCUUCGGAAACCGAGAGCACAAAGUGAUCAUUGUUGGGCUGGACAACGCGGGCAAGACCACCAUCCUGUACCAGUUCCUGACGAAGGAGGUGGUGCACACCUCCCCCACCAUCGGCAGCAACGUGGAGGAGAUCGUGGUGAGGAACACGCACUUCCUGGUGUGGGACAUCGGGGGCCAGGAGAGCCUGCGCUGCACCUGGAGCUCCUACUACUGUAACACUGAGAUCGUGGUCCUGGUGGUGGACAGCACUGACCGGGAGCGUCUGUCCAUGUCUCGUGAGGAGCUGCAUCGCAUGCUGGCGCAGGAGGAGCUGCGCGGGGCGGCGGUCCUCGUCUUCGCCAACAAGCAAGACGCCAAGAACUCGAUGAGUGCCGGCGAGAUCUCCAGCUUCCUCACGCUUGGCGCCAUCCAAGACCAUCCUUGGCACAUACAGGGCUGCUGCGCUCUCACCGGAGAGGGAUUGCCAGCUGGUCUAGACUGGAUGCGUUCUCGAGUCACCGCUAACUAGAGACGAGGAAUGAGGGACUACUUUCUUGAGCUGAUGUUGUGCUAGCGAAUCACAGACAGUGUAAAGAGCCAGGCUGUCCCGGCAUACGCACAACCGGAACUACUUUCCUACACUGCGGGGCUGGGCAGGGGGUGGGACGGGACCACAAGGCUGCUCUUGGGACCCGGACUACACUGGACUGGACUGGACUGGGGGAUGUGGGUUCGAGCUGGUGUGGUGUCGGGGUCUGUGUGCAUCUGCAGAGACAGAACACAGAAGCACCAGCAAUGAGGACCCUGAUUUCUUUAGUACUGGGGGAGACACUUCAGUGGACAUUACAGUCUUUACCAUGGUUUUAAAUUGUUUGGUUUUUUUUUAAUGAUCAAAGAAACCUGUGAGCUUUUACUUGAAACCCGAGUGAGCGAGUGGGGGGAGUGAGCAAGUGGGAGGAGUGAGCUAGUGGGGGGGAGUGAGUG